AUGAGCCCUAAAUUGGCAGUUAGGGUUGGUUGGCCGCCCGAGCUAGUCUUGAAGCUUCUCCAAGCAAUAUCAGAAGAUUCUGCAGCUUUACAAACUUACUUCCCCAUCUCGUCAACCCAAGCACUUGGUAAAUUGAAACAAUCUAAGAAGUUUUGUGCUUUGUUCUUCAAGAAUGACCAAUAUAUGAUAGAGAUAGAGAGAUUGGGAUAUGCCAAGAGAGCUCUAGAGGAGGACGAUUGGAACAUAGAAGAAUGGUUGAAGAUUGAUAGUAAAGACACGGUGUAUGAUAAGGUUGUACUACUCAAGAGACAUCUCAGAAGUGGGAAAUUCAAGGAAGAUAACGGGAUAAGAGAUGAGUGGAGAUCAUUUGACGAUAUACCAGACAGGAAGGAAAGAGACGAACUACUAAAAAAGAUUCCGUACUAUUUCCUACUGAAGAGGUUAUGCAAUCCCGACGGAGAUCAAAACCACUCUCAACCGCUCAUUCUCACCCGUCCCCCCGCCUCCACAAACACCAUCAGGAGUGAAAGAAGACAACGAUCGCUCUCUGUUAUAUCAAUUUCCUCUUCAGGUUCUGCAUCCUCUGCAUCCGAUGCCCCUAGCUCACCAGAGGAAAUUACCGAAUCUGAGGAUAACAGUCAGAAUGGCUUUACAGGAUCGGAGUCACCAGAUUCACCAUUACAUUCACCUUCAUCUGACAGUAAUCACGAGACCUGCUCUUCAGAUGUCGAAGAAGUACAACUCCCAAGUAUAUUCGCCAAAGCCAGCAAAACGAGAAGAUCUGUCAUCAAGAACACCUGGCCGGAUCAAGCAUGUGCCAUACCUCACGGUCCAGGUAGAGGAGUGCAAGACGCUAUAGACGUUGACGAUCAUCAGCAUACUGUCGAUCAUCAAGAGUCAACCGAGGAAGAGAAGCCACAUGUCACAGAGUUUGUCGAUGAGCUCGGUUCAAACCCUUCUUCCGAAGCGAUUCUCUCCUUUGUCAUAUGCAAUGGAGCUCUGGACCAAGAUAAAUUGAGGUCGACGGCUGUCGCCUCUCUUGAAAGGGAGAUGGAGAAAGGAGGACUAGCUCGCGAUCUUCUGAACCCGACUAUCAAAUCGUGGGUGGUCGGACAACAGUCGACGAAACGAACCAGGAAGAACAUAUUGGAGCGUGCAAGAAUGGAGCUGGGAUUGGAAGCUAUUCAACGUACUAUUGAUUCAGGUCUGCGCUCUCGCCCGAUUGAAGGGUAUGGUAUUCAUUUUAACUUGAUGCCGCUAGGGGAUCACGUUGCCAGAGAUCUUGUGCGACUGAUAGUAUUGGCCGGCGGUGUCAUCUUAGAUAGUCCACGAGAUCGGAAGAGUCGUGACUGCACCACCCUAUAUCGUCUGGUAUGGCAAAAGGAAGAUGCUAAUGCACAUCAGGGGAAAGGACUCCUUGCUAAAGGAAUGAAUGUAUGCUUGGUCAACACUUGGAUCCUUCGCUUCUUUUCUAUGUGUAAAAACAUGGAAAAUGAGCAUUAUCAGAUAGAAGAAAGAGUAGAUUAUCUCGUAGUCGACUCCCAGAACGAGAAACGAGCAGCUGGCACCGGCACACUAGUUUUCGUUGAUCCUCCAAUCAGCAAAUUAUUCAAAAAGAAUCUCAGGAAACUAGCCAAGUACAAUGGAUUGCCGAUUGAGCCCUGA